CUCAGCUAAUCAAAAUUGGAAUUGAAAACAAUUUUAUGUCAACGUAUUCACUUUCUCAUAACCAACGUUGGGGGUUUCACCUUGUGAGUGAUAAAACAAAGCUUGAAGAAUUAACAGUCCAUAGCUAUGAUGUUUGUUUAAAAGAAAAAAGGAACACAAGAUCACUAAAAGAUGCUAUAUAUUGA